AACCCACCUUUGCAAGAAAUUUGAAGCCCCCUCUUUUUUCAUGCAUGCUUUAUUGUUCACCUACCAAAUAUUAGCUUAUAAGCUUAUAUAAAUAUAAAAAGCAGAUGAUCUUACUUUUCUUAUGACUUUGAUCAACUUCUCAAAAACAAAGAGUAACAUAAACACAAUAUUAAAGCAGUAAGUAAUAAACCAUUAACAUGUUAAAGUAAGCAUAUAUAUAUAUAUAGUUUAGCCAUAGGUUUGUCAUUUCUUCGUCUUUUCGCCGAACGAAGAUUCGCCCCCCGGAUUUAAAUUCUCGACGGAAAUAUAAUGCUGGUGCAAAGUUUCGUGGAGAGGCUUAGACCAUUGGUGGGGAUCAAAAGCUGGGAUUACAUUAUCUUAUGGAAGUUGAGCAAUGAUCACAGGUGUAUAGAGUGGAUGGAGUGCUGUUGUGCUGGAGGUGAGAAUAUCAAAAGUGAUUGUGGAGAAGAGCUUAUAAUUAGUUUUCAAUGUAGGGAUUGCAUUUUCCCACAUCCUAGGAUCAAAAGCUGUGAUUUAUUAGACCAGCUUCCUUCUUCGAUGCCUCUCGAUUCCGGAGUUCAUGCACAAAACCCCUGCUGUCGAAACCAAUCGGGAUUUCAGGUUUCUGAAGAUCAGCAGCUCAUAGAUUUCAUCAGAUCUCAGUUCAAUUUUUUCAUGGAAGAACAAACAAUUACCAAUAAUAAUAAUAAUAUUAAUAAUAAUAAUAAUAAUUCAGGCACCACAGAUUCAUUUUCAUCUGAUCUUCAUCCAAAUAAUAAUAACAUUAAUAAUAAUAAUAAUAUUUUCCAGCACCAAAUAAUGACAUCAUCAUCGGACUUUCCGAAAGUCGACAAUCAAAUCGACUGCAUGGAUAACAAUCUGCCUCAAGAUAUCUCCAUUGACAGAAUCCAUCUCUCCACUAACCCUAGUUUGCAGCAUCAGCAGUUCGUAGUCAACUCGGAAAACGGCAACGGUGGAAUAUUCUUAGAAGGUGCCGAUUUCACUCCCUCGAUCGAGAAUAAUAAUAAUAAUAAUAAUAACGAGCUGGAUCCGACGCAGAUGAACGAAGAUUCCUCUAAUUUUAGAUGCGAAAAUAACCGAUCGGACGAAUCCGACCCUAACGACGACGAGUUCGAUGCUAAGUAUCGAAGAAGAACCGGAAAAGGACCUCAAUCGAAGAAUCUACGAGCAGAGAGGAGGAGACGAAAAAAGCUUAACGAUCGGCUUUACUCUCUUAGAUCCUUGGUUCCUAAUAUUUCUAAGUUAGAUAGAGCUUCGAUUCUUGGAGAUGCGAUUGACUACGUAAACGAGCUGAAGAAGCAAGCAGAGGAUUUACAAAUCGAGCUUGAGGAGCGUUCGGACGAAGAGAAGACGACAGGAAAAGACGAAACCGAUCAAAACAACGUUGUUGUGACUCAAAACGGAGUUACGAAACGUGGUCCUAAUAAACGAGGGCAAGGGAAUUUUCCGAACGGUUUUCACAGUAAUAAUAGCAUUAAAGCAUCCAAACAGAACUAUCGUGAGCAAUUAGACGACGCAAAUGACAAAGUGCAACAGAUGGAGCCACAAGUGGAAGUGUUCGAGCUAGAUGGAAACGAGUUUUACGUGAAAGUGUUUUGCGAGCACAAAAGUGGCGGAUUUGUGAGGUUGAUGGAGGCGUUGAAUUCGUUGGGAUUGGAAGUAACGAAUGUCAAUACGACGAGGCACACUUGCCUUGUUUCGAGUAUCUUCAAAGUUGAGCAAAAGAACAACGAGAGUGUCGAAGCAGAUCACGUGAAGGAGUCGUUGCUUGAGCUAACUCGAAAUCCAUCAAGAAAUAUAAUGUGGGGCAUCAGGCCUACUAGUAUUAAUAUCAAUGAUCAAUCAGAUGAAGAUGGAUUAAUGAUCAACAACAAUGAUAAUAUUAAUAUUAAUAUUAAUAUUGAUAACGAUUAUUGUGUUCAUCACGACCAGGGAGGCGGCGGCCACCACAACCACCACCACCACUCCUUACUCCACGGCGGCGGCGGCGGGGGCCGCCAAAUCAAUUCUCACGGGCCACCUCCAACAUUAACUACUAUUGAAUGUUCUUAUUUUAUUUGAUUUUUAUUAUUUAAUUAAUUUUCUGUUUAAUUAGACAAGCGGAAUUAGAUACACUGAUUUUUAUAUAUCAUGCACGCAUGUUUCAUGGCUUUACUGUCUUCUUCAAAGGCUCCAAUCAUGUUUCAUGGAAUUUAUAUAUAUA